CGGGCUGAGGCGGCGGCGGCGGCGCUUGGGGAGGGUUGGGCCAGGCAAGGGCGGGACUAGCCCACGGCGGGCGGACAAGAGAGCCGCGAGCUAACGGGUCCGGACGACAGCGGCGGCGGCGACGGCUUUCUGCGCGGGCGGAGGCGGCGGCAGGAGCGGCGAGCAUGGCCCGCGCGGCGCCGGGCGCUGACUGAGGGUCGUGCUGUGGCAGCCUGGCGCCUGACAUGUGAAGGGGAAUCUGCCAGGGGAUUACUGCGAGCUAACAGCAGGAUAGGCUGGCCCCGGGGGAGCGGAGAUGGGCAGAGCAGCUGCUGAACCCGGGCCAGGAAUAUUAGGAAGGAGACCUGGACCCUGGUGGGGAGCUCAGCCCACGCUCGCCUGACCCAGAUGGUAUUGGAUGGACACAGUGCCCCGCUGAACAGCAGCUGUUCCCAGCGCCAGAAGACCCCACAGCCACAGUAGGAGCUUUGCGACCCCUACGCAACUGCAGCUGGGGCUGGGGCCGGGGCCACGAGGAGAAGGGACCAGCACCUCAGAUGGGAAACAGUAGGGCAGGACCUACCGCGAAAAGGAUCUCGAUCUCGCAGCGGAGUUUUCCCACACUCACAGCGCGUCCUGUUUUUCUCCUCUCAGGGUUGGGGUCUGGCUCCCCUCUUCUGGCAGAGGUUUUGGGCCAGGAGGUGGGACAGUGCUUGCAUGGAACCCAAGUUCCCUGAAGCCCAUGUGCUCUCUGUUGUGAUUGGAGUUCUAGGGCUUCCCUGCUGCCAGGGACGAGGGGCUGCCUCAUUGUCUGCUCAUGAACCACAAGGACCCCGACUGCUCCAGACUGGAUUAUUUCAAGCCGCCAAAAAGGGGGACCCCUAGAGCUGGCAGCCAGCAAUCCCAAGGGACUAGAGGGCUGCAAUGGACUGACCUCCCCCUCAUCAGGGUGGCGGGAGAGGCAGAGCCUCUGUGGCCCAGCUAGUGACGGAGAGACCCGAUGAAGCCCUAAGCAGGGGCCCUGCCUGACUCAGGGACAGGACAGCCACUCCUGCCAACGUGUGUUCUCCCCACAUUGAGGGAGGGCGUGGCAAGGGACCCCUGCCACUGUCCCCUGCUGCAGCACGUGCCCCUAUGCCCUUUGCAUGUGGUGCCAGAAUAGGCAAGCUACGCCGUGGCUGGCCCCUCAGUGGGCUGGGAAAAGAGUGGCCACGGUGACCGCCACCUGCCUGCUGGCACCAUGAAGUGCUCCCUGCGGGUGUGGUUCCUCUCCGUGGCCUUCCUGCUGGUGUUCAUCAUGUCCCUGCUCUUCACCUACUCGCACCACAGCAUGGCCACGCUGCCCUACAUGGACUCGGGGGCCCUGGAUGGGUCGCACCGGGUGAAGUUGGUGCCUGGCUAUGCCGGCCUGCAGCGCCUCAGCAAGGAGGGGCUCUCAGGCAAGAGCUGCGCCUGUCGCCGCUGCAUGGGCGACGCCGGUGCCUCCGACUGGUUUGACAGCCACUUUGACGGCAACAUUUCCCCCGUCUGGACCCGAGAGAACAUGGAUCUUCCACCGGAUGUCCAGAGGUGGUGGAUGAUGCUGCAGCCCCAGUUCAAGUCACAGAACACCAACGAGGUGCUGGAGAAGCUGUUCCAGAUAGUGCCUGGCGAGAACCCCUACCGCUUCCGGGACCCCCACCAGUGCCGGCGCUGUGCCGUGGUGGGGAACUCGGGCAACCUGCGGGGCUCUGGCUAUGGGCAGGACGUGGACGGGCACAACUUCAUCAUGAGGAUGAAUCAGGCGCCAACCGUGGGCUUUGAGCAGGAUGUUGGCAGCCGAACCACCCACCAUUUCAUGUACCCUGAGAGUGCCAAGAACCUGCCCGCCAACGUCAGCUUCGUGCUGGUGCCCUUCAAGGCCCUGGACCUUCUGUGGAUCGCCAGCGCCUUGUCCACAGGGCAGAUCCGAUUCACCUACGCCCCAGUGAAGUCCUUCCUUCGAGUGGAUAAAGAAAAGGUCCAGAUCUACAACCCAGCCUUCUUCAAGUAUAUCCACGACAGGUGGACAGAGCAUCACGGGCGGUACCCUUCCACGGGGAUGCUGGUGCUCUUCUUUGCCCUGCAUGUGUGUGAUGAGGUGAACGUGUACGGGUUCGGGGCCGACAGCCGGGGCAACUGGCACCACUACUGGGAGAACAACAGGUACGCGGGCGAGUUCCGGAAGACUGGCGUGCACGACGCGGACUUCGAGGCCCACAUCAUCGACAUGCUGGCCAAGGCCAGCAAGAUCGAAGUCUACCGGGGCAACUGAGCCGGGCCUCGCCGCGACCCUCCCGGCCCAUCUGUCGGGCACCGGCGCUCCGGCCUGGGACCCAGGUCCAGUAACCCGGGACCAAUCAUGCUGCAGCCCAGGGGCGUUUGCUGUGCCCCGCCAAUCACGAGACUGGGGGACCGGCCGGGCCUGGCACCAAUCUGCGCUGCGGUCGGGCGGAGCUUCUGUUUCUCCCAGCCAAUCAUGUGACUCAAGGAGAACUUCCGGCGCUCUGUCCAGUCUCCUCUAAUCAAUGGCCUUCGGGGGCGGGCCAGCGGCCGCUCAAUCCCCACUCCCUCUUGCUUUGGGGUAGGGUUUUCUUUCACGCUUUUUGAGGAGAGCAUGGCGCGGGCCUCGGCGAAGCACUUACAUCAGGCUCGGCCAGAGGAGCGUAUCAGUCGCUGGCCAGACCCGGAGGAGAGCGGGCGGUCGCUGCGGGCCUCAGGAGAGAGGUGGCUGCCCGGCCCCUUUCCCCGCCUGCCUGGGUGGGUGCGUGCAGACCCACCAAAGAAAAGCGGUCGCUGCGGGACCCCCAGUCCCACCUCGGCCGUGCUGUGGGAUGGCCGCGCCCCCAGGGCUUCCUGCGUCUCUCGGAAGCCGGUAGUGGCGCCCUCUGCGGGGUGGGGUGCUCCCGGGCCGAACUCCGGACAGGUGGAGGGGACAGGGCAGGGCUCGAGGAAGCCCUGUCCCCUUCCGUGCAAGGUGCUGUCACUCACGUGUGCCCUCGACCUUCCCGUUCACCCGCAGCCUUCUCAGCGCCUCUUCCUGGGCCCGGGGCCUCCUCACCAACCUACCUAUUGCUCUGGAAAAAAAUCCCCUGCUCCCCUACUCCCUCCCUACCCCAGUCUUUGGCCGGCUCUGGCCCCUGGGGAGGAUGCUGCACGGCGGAAGGAGGCUGGCGAUGGGCCCGGCUGCGCGCUGCAUGCACCUCCUCCUCCACCCAUCGCCUCUUUCCUGGGGGUGACUUUGCCUGAGGCUCAUACUUUGGUUAAGCUGAAGCUGCCGUGGGUGGCCAAACCACAGAUUCUUUGCAAAUUCUGAGCUGGCAGAGCCCGCAGCCGGGAGCCGGCCGGGGAAGAGAAGACUUGCGCGCCGCAGGCCGCCUGCCUCCACCCUGCUCUCCAUCUGCCCCUCUAGAAGGGCUGGGAAGCUCGCGGCCGGGGUUCCACCUGGAAGCUGCUUGCAUGGCUGAACCCAGCUCAGGUCCCUAGCGGGGCUGCUGGUGGAAUUCUCCCCCUGCGAGGCUGGGGAAGUUUAGGAGGGGGAAGGCUUCUGUGAAGCUCUCAAACCACUAAUAGAGCCCCCUCCCCAACAGUGACGACACAGAUGCUCCCCCUUUUCUUAGUUGACGCCACCAGGCAGCUUCCUGGCCCUUGGUAGGUUCCUGCAGCUGGCUGGGGGAACAGGGACCGGCAGGGGACUUUGUUAGGGGAGGGUUGGGAUGGGCAGUGGGCCGCCUCAAAGUUAAUAUAUUGGAACCUAGCUCGAGUGUCAUUCUUUCCAAUUCCGAAAGUAGAAAGAGUAAAAAUAGCGGUGAUUGGGGUGGGGUUAGUAGAAUGCCUCUCUCAGGGCGCCCCCCCCCCGCCACACCGUUUUAGAGAGCUAGACCACAGCCAGUCUUGCCACUCCCAUCUCAGUGCUUCCUGAAGAGGCUGUUUUGAGUGUUGAUGAAAAACAAUGCAAUUAUGCCAAACAGUA